GAAUUCAAGUUGUGACAACUAUUGUGGCAAAUUUCAAAAUGAAGAUUCUUCUAUGUAUCACAAUUUUUUCAAUAAUAGCUUUGUCUAUCGCUGCACCUCCAGACCCCUAUGACUCCGGUGGGGAAAACCUAAAAAAAGCUAAGCCAAAAGAAGCAGAUGAGGCUGAACCGGAACCAGCAGAAGCUGAUAAGCUAGAGAACUUUGCUGCAAGGCCAAGUAAGCUUGGACCUCAUCGCCCAAAGAAAGCAGAUGAGGCUGAACCGGAACCAACAGAAGCUGAUAAGCUAGAGAACUUUGCUGAAAGUCGGAGGAGGAAGAGGAGGCGUGGACCUCGUCGCCCAAAGAAAGCAGAUGAGGCUGAACCGGAACCAGCAGAAGCUGAUAAGCUAGAGAACUUUGCUGAAAGGUCAAGUAGGCGUGGACCUCGUCGCCCAAAGAAAGCAGAUGAGGCUGAACCGGAACCAGCAGAAGCUGAUAAGCUAGAGAACUUUGCUGAAAGGUCAAGUAGGCGUGGACCUCGUCGCCCAAAGAAAGCAGAUGAGGCUGAACCGGAACCAGCAGAAGCUGAUAAGCUAGAGAACUUUGCUGAAAGUCGGAGGAGGAAGAGGAGGCGUGGACCUCGUCGCCCAAAGAAAGCAGAUGAGGCUGAACCGGAACCAGCAGAAGCUGAUAAGCUAGAGAACUUUGCUGCAAGGCCAAGUAAGCUUGGACCUCAUCGCCCAAAGAAAGCAGAUGAGGCUGAACCGGAACCAACAGAAGCUGAUAAGCUAGAGAACUUUGCUGAAAGUCGGAGGAGGAAGAGGAGGCGUGGACCUCGUCGCCCAAAGAAAGCAGAUGAGGCUGAACCGGAACCAGCAGAAGCUGAUAAGCUAGAGAACUUUGCUGCAAGGCCAAGUAAGCUUGGACCUCAUCGCCCAAAGAAAGCAGAUGAGGCUGAACCGGAACCAACAGAAGCUGAUAAGCUAGAGAACUUUGCUGAAAGUCGGAGGAGGAAGAGGAGGCGUGGACCUCGUCGCCCAAAGAAAGCAGAUGAGGCUGAACCGGAACCAGCAGAAGCUGAUAAGCUAGAGAACUUUGCUGAAAGGUCAAGUAGGCGUGGACCUCGUCGCCCAAAGAAAGCAGAUGAGGCUGAACCGGAACCAGCAGAAGCUGAUAAGCUAGAGAACUUUGCUGAAAGGUCAAGUAGGCGUGGACCUCGUCGCCCAAAGAAAGCAGAUGAGGCUGAACCGGAACCAGCAGAAGCUGAUAAGCUAGAGAACUUUGCUGAAAGUCGGAGGAGGAAGAGGAGGCGUGGACCCCUUCGCCCAAAGAAAGCAGAUGAGGCUGAACCGGAACCAGCAGAAGCUGAUAAGCUAGAGAACUUUGCUGAAAGGUCAAGUAGGCGUGGACCUCGUCGCCCAAAGAAAGCAGAUGAGGCUGAACCGGAACCAGCAGAAGCUGAUAAGCUAGAGAACUUUGCUGAAAGUCGGAGGAGGAAGAGGAGGCGUGGACCCCUUCGCCCAAAAAAAGCAGAUGAGGCUGAACCGGAACCAGCAGAAGCUGCGGAAUUUGGGUUCUAACUUAUCAGACGAGGAGAAGAAAAUUAAGAAAAACAGGCAUAAUUAAUAAUAAUAAUUUGUUUAGUCAGU